CUUGCAGAGCAGCAAAGGUGUCUAGACGAGCCCAUUGCCAAACUGAAUUGGCGUGCAUUCUUGUUGGUAUCACACAUGAACGUCUUUGCUAGCUCAUGCUGAUCGCAGUCUGACCAGGCCCUCUCAAUCACAUGCUGACUCGGUGCUGAAGUCUAGCGCCAACGUGCAUAAUAUUCGAGUUUGCGACUUGCUUCGGCAACAGCUCCCCCACCUUUGCCAGCGACACUCCCCGGAUCUACUUGCGCUCUUCAGCUACCCUUCUUCUUACUCAGCGACAGGCAAAGACCAUGUCAGCCAUCAAGCGCUACUUCUCGCUCGAGUAUCAAAUUCCAAAGUAUGGCGCCUACCACGCCAACCCAACGAAUGUGUCAAUCCACAUGGUUUUUGUGCCGCUUAUCCUUUGGACGGCCUUCCUUUUCAUGGCAAACACAGGCCCCCUGAUUGCCUCAGAGUCAUCGCUUGGUAGACUAUGGCCCACGUACUUGCCGGAGCUAAAUCUGGCAACCCUUGUAGCGCUCGCGAGUAUUCCCGGCUAUAUCGCCAUGCACACACAGGCUGGGCUUAUGACUGUACCGAUUUUGCUAGGGAUGGUCGGCAGUGCCACUGCUCUGUUGCACACUUAUGGUCCUCUUGCAAACAAGACCGCUGGUGUCCUGCAUGGAUUAUCUUGGAUCAUGCAAUUCGUUGGUCAUGGCGUGUUUGAGGGACGCAAGCCAGCCCUCCUCGAUAACAUCUUCCAAGCAUUCUACGCGGCUCCCUUCUUUGUGCUUCUCGAGGUACUCUUCUCGCUUGGCAUGGACCCAAAACUGCACAAGAAGCUCCUCAACCUCAUUUCCAAGGAAAAGGUGAGAGUCCUUGCUGCAGACCGAGCUGCAGCACAGGCCAAGGCCAAGUGAGUCUUGAAGUGACUUGCUGGAAUAUAUAGGACACAUAUUUUUCAAUUCAAUCUGGACAUGGUCA